AUGAAGAGAGGGGAGCCUGCUAUCUACCGGCCCCUGGACCCCAAGCCCAUGCCCACUACCGGGCCAACUACAACUUCAGAGGGAUGUUCAACCAAAGCAAAGAUCCUUCGAAAUAUAACGGAACAUACACACCGUGUGAUUCCUUUGAAUUGCGGAAACCUUCUUGUUGCUUUACACUCCUCUCUCUCCUCCCUGCAGAUCCUGGCCAUCAUCUCCAUCCUCUUCAUCGUCCUCUCCACCAUCGCCCUCUCGCUCAACACGCUACCGGAGCUCCAGGUGAUGGACGAGUUCAACCAGGCCAACGACAACCCGCAGCUGGCCCACGUGGAGGCGGUGUGCAUCGCCUGGUUCACCAUGGAGUACCUGCUGCGCUUCCUCUCCUCGCCCAACAAGUGGAAGUUCUUCAAGGGCCCGCUGAACGUCAUCGACCUGCUGGCCAUCCUGCCCUACUACGUCACCAUCUUCCUGACCGAGUCCAACAAGAGCGUGCUGCAGUUCCAGAACGUGCGCCGCGUGGUGCAGAUCUUCCGCAUCAUGAGGAUCCUGAGGAUCCUGAAGCUGGCCCGCCACUCCACGGGCCUGCAGUCGCUGGGCUUCACGCUGAAGCGCAGCUACAACGAGCUGGGCCUGCUCAUCCUGUUCCUGGCCAUGGGCAUCAUGAUCUUCUCCAGCCUGGUGUUCUUCGCCGAGAAGGACGAGGACGCCACCAAGUUCACCAGCAUCCCCGCCUCCUUCUGGUGGGCCACCAUCACCAUGACCACCGUGGGCUACGGCGACAUCUACCCGCAGACGCUGCUGGGCAAGAUCGUGGGCGGGCUGUGCUGCAUCGCCGGCGUGCUGGUCAUCGCUCUGCCCAUCCCCAUCAUCGUCAACAACUUCUCUGAGUUCUACAAGGAGCAGAAGCGGCAGGAGAAGGCCAUCAAGAGGCGGGAGGCGCUGGAGCGCGCCAAGAGGAACGGCAGCAUCGUGUCCAUGAACCUCAAGGACGCCUUCGCCCGCAGCAUGGAGCUGAUGGACGUGGUGGUGGAGAAGGGCGGGGACAAGACCCCCACGGACAACCACCUGUCACCCAGCCGCUGGGGGGGCUCGGCCAAGAGCGUCACGUCGGACGCCGCCCUCAAGUCCCCCGGGAAGCAGAGCCCCGGGCCCAUGGUGCUCACGCUACCUCACACCGUCAGCAUCACCGGCGCCGGCGGCCCCCAGGGCACCGCCCGCAGCCCCCAGCACUACAGGGGCAGCCCCCAGCGCCUCAACGUCCAGAAGCUGGAGGAGAUGUACCACCAGAUGACCAAGUCGCAGUCCUACACCAACCUGAACACCACCAGCUCCGUGAGCACCCUGAGCACCUCCAUGACCGCUCUGCCGUCUCCGGGCAGGAAACCCAGCAGCCCCGAUGGCGCCGUCAGAGAGGAGGUGGAGCUGGAGAUGAAGGAGGUGGAGCCCUCCUCCAUGGAGGGGUUAGACGACUACACGGAGGAUAUGAAGGAGGAGGGGGACGCCACCUACCAGGACUCUCUCCCUGAGCUGGAUCUCCUGAGCGCCAGAGGGGACCGGAACCCGCAGGGCUGCCUGCUCACGGACGCCGUCUCCAUCCCCGUCAGCUCGGGGGACAGACCUCACUCCGACAGCGGCGACAGGGAGAGCUUCAACGACGCCGCCGAGAACAUCCGCAGAUCCCUCCAAGGCCACAACCUGCUCCACGCCAAAGGGUCGAGGGUGAACUCUGUGGAGACCCCCGCCGAAGGUCCGCCCACGCCCCCCAGCACCAUCUCCCCCGACAUCAGCUCCAGCUUCCUAGAGGACGUCUCCCCAGAGGAGGAAACCUCGCCGCUGAUCCCCAGAUCAGUGUCCCUGGCCCAGGAGGAGACCUGCUCCCUGUCCUCUGAGAGGCUAGUGGUGGACACGCCGCCGGGCGAGGACGACCCGUCGACGGAGAACCGACGGCAGCGCCUCAUGGCCGCAGUGGGAGGGGCCGUCCCCGGCACGCCGCUGUCACCCAAGGCGGUGGCGGGGGCGGGCUCAGCGCCCCGCUACACCCGAGGCCGGCCGGGCGGCAGCCAGGAGGCGGAGUCCGACGGCGACCAAAGCACACACAAGGUGGAGAACCACGUGUUCAGCCCCGAGAUCCACCGGCUCCCCGGGGAGGGGGGGCGCUCCCCGGGCUGUGGAACCAGCAUGUGACGGUCGGAGGAGCGGUGAGGGGCCGCAGACCUCCUCGCCGCGGAGGACCUCCACCGGCCGGCGUCGGGGAGCAGAAGAAGAAGACAGAGGGAAAAGGGCGCAGAUAUAGGGAAAGAUAUUUUUGCAUGGCAUGAAAAGCUCCCUUUUACCUGUGUUUUAUUUUUUUUUGUGUGUCGCUGAACUUCAAACUGCUUUUUUAAACGCAGAUUCGGGAAUUACUUUGGGGACCGAAGUGAGGGCACUUUGAGGAAAACUAAAAUAUUAUUUAUCAAAUGAAGCAAACAAUGUGUCCGUCCCCCCCCCGGUGUACAUACUGAACUUCCUUUCUUCUUUUUCUAGCACCUGAGUCGAGUGCACACAGAGAGACUUAUCAGUACAAAGCAUGCCCUCAAAAAGACAUUUUACGGUGCUUAGUUUGCUGAAAGCGCUCCACUGUAAAUACUCUGAAAACCCAAGGAAAUGAUAUAAGUAACGUGCAGGAUGACUAAUGCAAAACACUGACAAGAGGAGGGAAGAGAAGAGACGAAGGUGCAUCGAGAGACCUCGGAUCGAGUGUUGCAUCGUAGCGAUAACAAAAAAAAAAUGACAUAUCAUUACCUUUUGUGGAAAUGCAAUGUGUUCCCAUGACGACCCUGUAAUGUUUUUCUGUGUGGAGAAACUGUGUAUGAAACUGUAAUGUUGCCGUUAAGGCUUUUGGGUUUCAUAAUGACUUAAUCGUACGUUCUCUUUUUUUCUUUUUUUUUAUAUAUAUCUGAAACAUUUCAAGUGGGCACGAAGGACAAAACACAACAACUAUGCUACAGCACCAAUCUGUAGUUGCCAAAUACUUCAUAGAGAAAUAACUGUCAAAAGCUUCAGCUAACUAAUUAGACGGGUUGAGAGAUUGGGACAAGAUAUAAAACAUGAUGUCUUAUUCCUUGUUUCAUCUCCUGAAUCCAUCCAAGUCACUAAACAACGUUCGAUCUGACAACUGAUAUCUCACUGUAGUUUAUGAACAAUAUAUGAAGUAUGUAGACCUUUAUCAGAUGUAUAGAGGAUUUCUAUAGUCUGGCAUUUAAAUGACGUAAAACUGAAUAAGAAUACGUAGACCUAUAAUUAAGUACACUAGAUUUGGUCACUACCAUAAAGAUAGACUUUUAACUAGUAUUCCUUUUCGGCUUUUCAAAACAAUGCAACUGAGUAAAAAAAAGAGAAGAAUAGUAUAUUCUUGUGUGAUAUACACGGACCAAACUAAGUACAUUAUAAGGCUUCCAUCUAUUUAGCUUCUCACUAACUAUUAAAUGAACAUGUACUAUAAUACUAUUCUUUCGCUAUCGGGUGGUUUACCUGCACUGUAGUCCACAUCAUAAUCUCCUCCAAACUAUGAUGUCAUCGUAGACAUUUGAUCCAUACUACUGUGUUGUCGUUUUUCUAUUACUGAAGAGUCUUCGAGUUGUUAUUGUUUUCUCGUUGAACCAAGCUGAUUUGAGUCAAACCUAAACCCAAAGGUUUUCUUUUAAUUGUUUUCUUUGUCGCUUGUCCUUCCUCGUCCUCUUCUGUUUCUCACUGAACUUAUAUCCACGUUUUGUGUUGCCUUUUAGGAUUCCAAUUUAUUGCUGGAAUAAGUGUUUAUCGUUUGAGCAUGGCACUUUGGCGGCGUGCAUUAGUGGUGUACAAGUAUGGCGUGCUUGAGAUGUUGUACAAAAUCAGAUUGGAAAAGUGGAGGAAAUAGGCAGGAAUAUUUUGUUUAUUUUAUUCUGUUCUCAGAGAGGGGUGGAAAGUGCAAUACAGCAAACUGCAAUCUAUGCAGGCCAAGAAUUGUGGCACUUUAUUUUCUGUUUAUGGAAUUUGUAAGUGUACAGGCAGAAAUUAUUGUAUUUUUCAAAUGAUGUAUCUUUAAUAUGAGGCUAAUUAACAGUGUUACAACUACCACAACGUUACAAACAAUGCAAUCUGCAAAGGUUUCACACUUGCUUUAAAGUAAUGUGUGACUGGCAUGUAGGCCUAGUGUCAGUCACCUUAUUGCCAUAUGUCAAUAGACCUUAACAUGUCAUAUCUUUUGGGGUAGGGGUCUAGAAGUCAGCGCUUGGACCUUUUAUAUAGCUGUGAGAUGUAAACACAAAAUAAAAUCUAACACAGCGCAAUGAAUGAUAUAGAGAUAAUAUAAUUUAAUGGCCACACACCAAGGAUUUUAUGUUUUUGGAAAUUUAAUGUUGAUAAUAAUUCUAUUUUUUCUAAACAAAAAUACAGAGCAUGACCACAAUUUCUCGCCAUAUGGUGGUUGGAAAUGAUGUGUGCCUUUUCAUAAAACUGCUGUUUAUGAGAAGGUAGCAAGUCAUUUGGCUUUGUUCAUAUAGCACUGUACAGAAAAUUCUAAUUUUAUAGGAUAAAUCAGGUCUUUAUGUAAUAGAUAAUACAAGUAAUGUUAUUGAGUUCUCAGGUUUUCUAUAACUCUCUGAUGUUCCGGUCGGAUGGAUUCUGUUUUCCGUUUGUUUAUGUUUGUAUUUAUUUUACAGCUACUGUCCUAGAUCCUACUGUACUUUUUGAGAGGUAAUGUUGUCAAAUCCACACUGAUGUCUUGGCUCCUUUGAGCACAAGGAGUUGCCUACUUCAGAAUAUUACUAUCAUUAUUAUUAUUAUUAUUAUUGUUAUUAAUUAUAUUGUUUUUAAUUGUAUUACUAUUAUAACAUGAUCCAUGUACACCCCCCACCCCUCAUCCCCCGACCCACCAUCCCAUAAUAAUAUAUGAAGGAAAGGAAGCAGAGGCGCACGGAUAAUAAAUACAGCAGUUCCUAGUUUGAUCUGAGGGAGAGACGGUGAGAGAGAAAGCCAGGAAUUCGGAGCCUACCUGCCCAGAGACAGAGACAGAGAGAGAGAGAGAGAGAGAGAGAGAGAGAGAGAGAGAGAGAGAGAGAGAGAGAGAGAGAGAGAGAGAGAGAGAGAUCCAUCCAUUUCAUGCUUCUAGUUUGUAUCUAUAUGAACAGUGCUCAAAUCCUUGAUUAACAUUUCCAUAACCUCACUCUUAUGCUGUCACACAUUGUGGUCCAUCGGCUCAAAUGGGAGACUUUGGAGUCAACGUUAACUAAGUAGUAGUCACAAAAACUGUACCAAAAGUUAAAAUGGUGAUUAAUGUAUGGUCCAUGAUUCUAUGUGUAAGAAUACCGAUAUAAUUUGAACGUGAUCACAAAUUCAUGGGACAGGCCAUCGUUUGUAUUUUCAAGUUUGUCAUUUCAAUGAUCAUUUUGCAUUGGGGAACGGCCCUAGCUAAGGCAGAGAGGGAUCACAUCGUGCCCGCUUUGAAUUUCCUCGUCUUUAGUGUUUUGUUGAGCCAGCUCUGAUGCGUUUUAGUGCUGCUUCAGAGCCUGAGCCGAGUCCGCCUGCUCUCAGACCAAGGUUCAGUCUUCCUCCUCACACAGAAAGAAUCCUGUCUCCUUCCCGGAGGGCAAGGAAGAGCCCAGAAAUGCUGAAAGUUCUGGACUUUUAUGGUGGUCCCCCUGUGUGUGUGUGUGUGUGUGUGUGUGUGUGUGUGUGUGUGUGUGUGUGUGUGUGUGUGUGUGUGUGUGUGUGUGUGUGUGUGUGUGUGUGUGUGUGUGUGAGUGAGUGAGUGCACUUGUACGCAUGUGUGGGUGUGCGGGAGUUUGCACAAGCGCUUUUAGAGCUACGCAUCCAACAGGCUGAGCUGAGUCCUACUGGCUCACAAAGGUAUUAUCAUUUGUAAAAAAAAAAAAAGGUAAAUCAAAAAAAAGAGCGACAGAACAAAACUGUGCAGAGUGGACAAGGCUGGUGUGUGUGUGUGUUGGUGUGUGUGUGUCUGUGUGUGUCUGUGUGUGUGUGUGUGUGUGUGUGUGUGUGUGUGUGUGUGUGUGUGUGUGUGUGUGUGUGUGUGUGUGUGAACUGUGCGUGCUUAUUAUACAAACGUUGACACCCCCUCGCCCCCCCUCCUCCCCACAGAUGCAUUCUGCCCCUUGUCUCCUCUGUCGUCCCGUGUGUUUAUGCCUCCUCAUUUCUCAGCGUUUUUCUUUCUUUUUUUUUUUUCCGUUGGGCUCUGAAAGACACUAUCAGUCGAUUCCUGGAGCUGCACAGAUUGGUUCUGUACAAAGCGCCAUCUUUGUAUGCAUGUAGUAGUCUGAACAAUUAUGUGAACACACAACACUUUGUUAUGGUACAUGUAUGUCCACAUUUCUGUAGAGCAUUGUUCCCCCAUUAUGUCUAUUAGCAUAUGCAGGAUAAUAAAUAAAUGUGUAUAUAAUAUG